GUUACUGGUGGUGCUGGCAUCGGAUUCGAAGGCAGCGGCCGCGGCGGUAACGUCGCCAAUGGUGGUGACGGCGGUAACAGCCGCAAAGGUGACGGCGGUAACGGCGGUGCUGGAGGAAUCACCAAACGCUCUGAUUCUAUCUUCUCCCUUCUAGCCCGCAAGUUCAGCAUCAUCAGCGGUGGACCUGCUAUCUCUUUUGAUGGCAACUCUCACGGCGGCGAUGUCGGUGAUGCUGGCAACGGCGGUAACGGCGGCAGCAGCGGCGGCUCAGGUGGCAGCUCUGUCAUCAACGGGAAGAACUAG